GAGAACAGAGAGAAGACAGCUACAGCUCAGUGCUGAGGCAGAGAAAUGUGUGAUCGGAGCCAGAGAUCCCACUGAGAAGAUCAUAUCUGAAAAUAAAGUAGGUGGGCAGUGAAUGGGUUUGGAAGCUUUGCAUUAGUCUCUCUAGUGCAAGUUAUUAUCAGUUUACUGCGUAACAUCUUAACUGAGAUAUGGACACUUCCAGAGAUAUUGGAAAGAUCCAGUCAAAGAAGCAAGAUGAGUAUAUCUCUUUAGAUGGGAAUAGCCUCACAACUGCUGAUUUGGUCAGUUUGGGAAAAGGCCUUUAUAAGAUUAAGCUGAGUGCUGAGGCAGAGGAGCGCGUGAUCAGAGCUAAAGAUGUUAUCGAGAAGAUCAUAUCUGAAAAACAAGUUGUUUAUGGAGUUAACACAGGAUUUGGUAAAUUUGCACGGACCGUCGUGGGGAAAGAUCAACUCAAGGAGCUGCAGGAAAAUCUGAUCCGCUCACAUAGUGCUGGAGUUGGACCCCCACUGAGUCCGGAGAGGACCCGGAUGCUUCUUGCUCUCAGGAUUAAUGUCUUAGCCAAAGGUUAUAGUGGCAUUUCCUUGGAGACUCUUCAUAAAAUGGUGGCAGCCUUUAACGCCUCCUGUCUCUCCUGGGUUCCUGAGCAAGGGACAGUAGGGGCGAGUGGAGACCUGGCCCCUCUAGCUCACCUGGCUCUGGGGCUGAUGGGAGAGGGACGCAUGUGGUCACCACAGACUGGCUGGACUGAUGCCACAACUGUACUAGAAGGACACGGUCUGACUCCAAUAUCACUGAAACCCAAAGAGGGGCUUUCUCUGAUUAACGGGACUCAGAUGAUAUCAUCACUGGGUGCUGAGGCAGUAGAGAGAGCAGAAGCGAUCACCCGGCAGGCUGAUGUCAUCGCUGCUCUCACUUUAGAGACACUGAAGGGAACCAACAAAGCUUUCGACUUUGAUGUACAUGCAGUGCGGCCUCACCCGGGUCAGAUUUUAGUCGCCCAGAGAUUUCGCUCGCUGCUUCAUUCUGACUUCUUUCCCUCAGAAAUCACAGAUGAGAAUUCCUACAGCAGAGUUCAGGAUGCCUACACACUGCGAUGCUGCCCUCAGGUGCAUGGUGUAACCAAUGACACGAUUGCUUUUGUGAAGAAGAUUCUCAACACUGAAUUAAACAGUGCCACCGAUAAUCCUUUGGUAUUUUCAGAACGAGGAAUCACUAUUUCAGGAGGAAACUUCCACGGUGAAUAUCCUGCUAAGGCUCUGGACUUCCUGGCUAUAGGAGUGCAUGAGCUGGCGAGUAUUAGUGAGCGGCGCAUCGAGAGGCUGUGUAAUCCCUCACUCAGUAAUCUCCCUGCCUUCCUUGUGAAGGAAGGGGGAUUAAAUUCAGGCUUUAUGGUGGCCCACUGCACUGCUGCUGCCCUGGUGUCGGAGAAUAAGGUUCUGUGCCACCCGGCCUCUGUGGACUCUCUGUCCACCAGUGCAGCUACAGAGGACCAUGUGUCUAUGGGGGGCUGGGCAGCCAGAAAGGCCCUGAAGGUGGUCGAGCAUGUGGAGCAGGUCCUUGCCAUUGAGUUACUCGCUGCCUGCCAGGCUCUGGAGUUCCACCGGCCCUUAAAGACCACAGCUCCUCUGGAGAAGGUCUACGAGCUGCUGCGCUCUGUAGUCAGGCCCUGGGACAAAGACCGUGUCAUGAGCUGUGAUAUCAAAACAGCUCACCAACUCCUCCUAGAGGAAAAGGUGUGGAAGGCAGUGCUACCAUUCAUGGACCAGUACAAGGAGAUUGACCACCAACAUCUCACUUCUCCUCCUGCUCACAUUCAUGUUUAAAAAGCUUUCUAUUCAUACAUAAACUUUAUUCAGCACUCAAAAUGAAUGAAAUAUCAAUCACUCAGACAUUAUUUGGAUGUCAUCUGAGGUGUCAACCUGAAAAAGAUUAACACAAUUUUCAGUGUUUGUACUACCACCACCAUGCUUCUUUGCAGCACUUUUUAAUAUGACAGGCAUGUGACUAUGAUUGGCUACCCAACUGUCUUGAAUAACAAUUGUAAGUCAAACAUUCAGCAGAAAUUUCAGCAGCUGUCUGAGGUGUUAGAUCAUCAUGUUAUGCUAUGACAGUUUUCGUAAUAUAUAUUAUAACAGCUUUAACCUACGCUAAUUAGAGAGCAAUUAGCAAAAAAAUAUAUGACAUGAUAUAACCUGACAUCAAAUGUUAUGAAGUUAUAAUUACAUUUCCGGUAAUGGUGACAUGACACUUUUAUAUUACUGCCUAUCAAGUGUUAUGACAACUCAUUACAGCAAAUGAGAUCAGGCAUGAUAUGUUUUUGACAAGACUAAAUACUGUAUGUGUCAUGAUGCACGUGUUAACUAAAGUGUUACCAAGAAAAUCUCUAAAUCAUGAACUAACCAUAACAGUGGACAGAGGGAGGUGAUAAAUUGAGAUGGUUGCUUUCUCAGAAUUAGAAAUGUGAUAUUAGAUGAGAUUUUGUAAUAUUGUAUUUUAUCUCAGCUUUACUUUUUAAUCUGAAGAAUGAUGUUGGAAAUUUGCUAUUAGAUAGCUUUGGCACAAAUCAUCUUUUCUCAUUUGAGAUUAAUGGUAACAGUCACUGAAAAGAAUAAAUACAAUAAAGUAAGCAAAAUGUAAAACAAUUAUUAUUGAAAAUGAUUCUGUAUUUCACGAAAUUAAAUUUGGAUUUUCCGAUGAUGAUGAUGAUGAUGAAGUGAGCAGAGUAAAGGUUUCAUGCAGCAAA